AUGGGAAGGAAGGACGACCGACGCAGUCGGAGUAAAAGCCACGAGAAUAAGUGGAGACCGCCCAAGGAAGAAUCCCCCAGUGACGAUGAGGGCGAAAAUCAAGAGCCCGGGUUUUUGGGUAGUCUCACUGCAGAGGAGCGUUUAGAGUUGGAGAAAAAAAAGGUGGGCCCUGAGGCGAUCGCCAUAGACGGCAGUGGUCGUCGUCAGAACGAAGCCGGACAGAAGCAGUAUGCCAAGGCGUUCAUCGAAAAGGAAAAGAGAGACCAGUGGGAGCAGAAUC